GUCGCGCCGGCUGGGCGUCCCUGUGCAGCCUCUGCCAGCCGCCGAUGGGGGAGGUGGAGCCGGGGCCCGCGGGCCCGCUGGAGCCCCCGGAGCCGCCCGAAGCGCCCGCGAGCUGCCGGCCGGGCGGGAUUAGGGUCCUGAAGAGAAAUAUGAAACGCAAUGGGAGCAGAAACUGUUUGAAUAGGAGAAGUAGGUUUGGUUCUCGAGAGCGAGACUGGCUGAGAGAAGAUGUGAAGAGAGGCUGUGUUUACCUCUAUGGAGCGGACACGACCACUGCCACUACAACCACCACCUCCUCCACCACCUCCGACUUACAUCUUGUCCUUUGCACAGUGGAGACACCAGCAUCAGAAAUAUGUGCUGGAGAGGGAAGGGAAAGUCUCUAUUUACAGCUUCAUGGAGAUCUGGUCAGGAGACUGGAACCUACAGAACGACCUCUUCAGAUUGUUUACGAUUACUUAUCCAGGCUGGGGUUUGACGACCCUGUGCGCAUACAGGAGGAGGCUGCCAAUCCUGACCUCGGCUGCAUGCUUCGUUUUUAUGGUGAAAAACCAUGCCAGAUGGAUCAUCUGGAUCGAAUCCUUCUGUCUGGCAUCUAUAAUGUACGCAAGGGAAAGACCCAGCUGCAUAAGUGGGCUGAACGCCUGGUUGUUCUCUGUGGCACCUGCCUCAUCGUUUCCUCGGUGAAGGAUUGUCAGACUGGAAAGAUGCACAUUUUGCCUCUGGUUGGGGGAAAGGUAGAAGAAGUGAAGCGACGUCAGUACUCCCUUGCGUUCAGCUCAGCUGGAGCCCAAGCUCAGACCUAUCAUGUCAGCUUUGAGACUUUGGCUGAGUACCACAGGUGGCAACGGCAAGCAUCCAAGGUGGUGUCUCAGCGCAUCAGCACCGUCGACCUCUCGUGUCAAAGCCUUGAGGAGGUUCCUGAGCAUCUCUUCUACAGUCAAGAUAUCACCUACCUCAACUUGCGACACAACUUCAUGCAAUUAGAAAGACCAGGAGGCCUUGACACUUUCUACAAAUUUUCUCAGCUGAAGGGCCUGAACUUGUCCCAUAAUAAGCUUGGGCUGUUUCCUGUGUUGUUAUGUGAGAUUUCUACCCUGACUGAACUCAACCUCUCCUGUAACGGACUCCACGACCUGCCGAGUCAGAUUGGCAAUCUGCUUAAUCUUCAAACCCUCUGCCUUGACGGCAACCUCCUGACUACUUUACCUGAAGAACUGGGAAAUCUGCAGCAGCUUUCCUCCCUGGGAAUUUCCUUCAACAACUUUAGUCAAAUUCCUGAGGUUUAUGAGAAACUCACGAUGUUGGAUAAAGUGGUUAUGGCAGGAAAUCGAGUGGAGGUCCUCCACCUUGGGGUGCUGAACCGGAUGAGCCACAUCAAACAUGUCGAUCUAAGGAUGAACCAUCUGAAAACCAUGGUUAUUGAGAAUCUGGAGGGGAAUAAAUACAUCACCCACAUGGAUUUGCGGGACAAUCAACUGACUGACUUAGAUCUUAGCUCCUUGUGCAACUUGGAGCAGCUGCAUUGUGAGCGGAACCAGCUGAGGGAGCUGACGCUCUGUGGCUUUUCCCUUCGAACUCUCUACGCCAAUUCCAACAGGCUGACAGCAGUGAAUGUCUAUCCAGUACCCAGUCUACUCACUUCUCUAGAACUCUCCCGAAACCUGCUGGAGUGUGUCCCUGACUGGGCCUGUGAAACAAAGAAGAUAGAAAUACUAGAUGUGAGCUAUAAUCUUCUGACAGAGGUUCCAAUGAGAAUCCUUAGUAGCUUGAGUCUCAGAAAGCUGAUGGUGGGACACAAUCACGUGCAGAACCUUCCAGCGCUGGUGGAACACAUCCCUCUCGAGGUGUUGGAUAUUCAGCAUAACUUGCUCACCAGGCUGCCAGAUACCCUCUUCUCCAAGGCCUUAAAUCUCAGAUACUUGAAUGCAUCUGCAAAUAGUCUGGAGUCUCUGCCAUCUGCUUGCGCUGGGGAGGAGAGUCUUAGUGCGCUGCAGCUGCUCUACCUGACCAACAACCUCCUGACGGAUCAGUGUGUGCCGGUCCUGGUAGGGCACCCGCACCUGCGAAUCUUGCAUCUUGCAAACAACCAACUACAGACUUUUCCCGCAAGCAAACUAAAUAAAUUGGAGCAGUUGGAGGAACUGAACCUAAGUGGCAACAAGCUUAAAACCAUUCCCACGACCAUCGCAAACUGCAGAAGGCUGCACACACUGGUGGCGCACUCCAACAACAUCAGCAUCUUUCCCGAGAUACUGCAGUUGCCUCAGAUCCAGUUUGUAGACCUAAGUUGCAAUGACUUGACAGAAAUCCUGAUUCCAGAGACUCUGCCUGCUACUUUACAAGACCUGGACCUGACUGGAAAUACAAAUCUGGUUCUGGAACACAAGACGCUGGACACAUUUAGCCAUAUCACUACCCUGAAAAUUGAUCAGAAACCUUUGCCAACCACUGAUUCUACAGUUACAUCAACCUUCUGGAGCCAUGGACUGGCUGAGAUGGCUGGGCAGAGAAACAAGCUAUGUGUAUCUGCUCUAGCUGUGGAUAACUUUGCAGAGGGGGUGGGAGCUGUAUAUGGCAUGUUUGAUGGGGACCGAAAUGAGGAACUCCCUCGCCUACUCCAGUGUACCAUGGCGGAUGUGCUCUUGGAAGAGGUACAGCAGUCAACCAAUGACACAGUUUUCAUGGCUAACACCUUCUUGGUAUCUCACAGGAAAUUAGGAAUGGCUGGCCAGAAGCUGGGCUCCUCUGCCCUCCUUUGUUACAUUCGCCCUGACACUGCCGAUCCAACGAGUAGUUUUAGCUUGACUGUGGCCAAUGUUGGCACAUGCCAAGCAGUCCUGUGCCGAAGUGGGAAACCGGUGCCUCUCUCUAAAGUCUUUAGCCUGGAACAGGACCCGCAGGAGGCUCAAAGGGUGAAGGACCAAAAAGCCAUCAUAACAGAGGACAACAAAGUGAAUGGGGUGACCUGCUGUACCCGGAUGCUGGGCUGUACGUACCUCUACCCCUGGAUCCUCCCCAAACCCCACAUAUCUUCCACUCCACUUACCAUUCAAGAUGAGCUGCUGAUUCUGGGAAACAAAGCAUUGUGGGAACACUUGUCGUACACAGAAGCUGUCAAUGCAGUACGCCGUGUGCAAGACCCAUUAGCAGCUUCCAAGAAGCUAUGCACAUUAGCCCAGAGCUAUGGUUGUCAGGACAAUGUGGGGGCGAUGGUGGUUUAUUUGAACAUUGGUGAGGAAGGCUGCACGUGCGAAAUGAAUGGGCUCUCCCUCCCAGGACCUGUGGGAUUUGCUCCAACCACCAUCAUCAAGGACCCGCCCAAGCCAACCACUCCUUCCUCUAGUAGCGGCAUUGCCUCCGAGUUCAGCAGCGAGAUGUCCACCUCAGAGGUGAGCAGUGAGGUGGGAUCCACUGCUUCUGAUGAACACAACACAGUUGGCCUGGAUGCUGGCUUGCUUCCAAGGCCAGAGAGGCGCUGCAGCCUCCACCCAAUGUCCACCUCGGGGGUUUUUCAGCGUCAACCUUCGUGUGCAACUUUCUCGAGUAACCAGUCUGACAACGGCCUGGACAGUGACGAUGACCAGCCUGUUGAAGGGGUCAUAACAAAUGGCAGCAAGGUGGAAGUAGAAGUGGAUAUCCACUGCUGUAGGGGAAGGGAUCUUGAUAACUCUCCCACUCUUAUGGAGAACCCUCCUGCCCCGUGUCCCGAGGAGCGUGCUAGAGGAUUAUUUUUUGGGAUCCGAAGACAGAACAGUGUGAAUAGUGGCAUACUUCUACCAGUGAGCAAGGACAAGACAGAGUUACAGAAGUCUCCUUCCACCUCCUGUCUCUAUGGAAAGAAACUCUCCAAUGGCUCCAUCGUGCCCCUGGAAGACAGCCUGAACCUCAUUGAAGUGGCCACAGAGGCACCCAAGAAAAAAACUGGCUAUUUUGCUGCCCCAACUCAGCUGGAGCCAGAGGACCAGUUUGUUGUACCUCGUGACCUAGAAGAAGAAGUAAAAGAACAGAUGAAACACCACCAGGAAUGCAGGCCUGAGCCUGAGCCCAGUGAAGAGGAUCGGACCGAGCUCCUGGAGGAGUUUGACACAGCGCUGUAGCCCUCCCCUGGGAGCUGCGGCACCGGGGAGGCGGUGGUGUUGGUGAGGGGACCCUGUCAGGGGCAUCUUGCCUCUGCAUUUCUAAACCAUAAAUGGGGGAGGGGGGUAGAACUCAGAGCCAAAAAUGGUGAAAGCUGUCAGGGUCUUGCUCUGGAAAAGCUAGUAAACACCAUCAGUGUUAAGUUUCACAUCUGACCCGUGUUGGAAUUCCCAGAGUUGCUGGGAAGCAAGCAGACGUUGCUCUGUGUCAGUCCUACCACCUGCCAUUAAUCCUUUCUCUCCUAGGAUAAUUUUGAGAAUUUGCCUGCCUGGGCAGGAAAGGGACCAUUUCUGUGGAGGAAAUAACUGAAGAUCGAUUCCCUUUACUGAUUGCUGCUGACGGAUCUCUGUGACAGAGAAAUCACCUUCUAUCUCAACCUAACUGAUGGGAUGUGAUGUGACUAGUCACAUGGCUUUUCCUUCUUCUCUACGAGAAUACAGCCUAUUGAAACGACGUUUAUUGGAAAUAUAGAACCAAUCAAACAGAUAAUUUAUGUAUGUAAUGUAAUGAGAGCACUUUUCAUUGACUGUGAACUUUUUAUUUUUGAAUCUGCACUCGAGCCAAUCUUCUUAGAGGCAGCCCGGCAUGUUUGUCCACAGGCAGGAUGACCAUCGGGGGUUGGAACCGGCUCUGAGGGUACUAGGACAGGCCCUGGGAGAUGGACUCAACUGUUGGCUGUCAGACUGUGAAAGUUCCUGAGAAACUUGGGGGAGUAGGAUCUUUUUGGGGGAUGAAGAUGGGAAGGAGUGAGGACUACUUCCCUCCAGAUCACAAAAGAGAAUAAUUCCUUGCCAUAUGUGACACCUGCUAGGAAUCUCCCAGCAGAUCACAGGAGGGGCACUUGGGGGUUGGCCUCUUUCCAUAACACGCGGUGGAGUUGGCAGUCGGCCUCGCAGGAUGUAGGGCCGAGGCUGAUGCUGCUCACAUCCAAGAAACCUCGAGUUAUAGCAGACGACUCUGAACAGACUGAGGCUGAACGAUAGCAGAUGGAUGGAGCCUGCAGGUUAGACACGUUCCUUCUCUCACUCUCAAGCAGAGGGAUGGUUUUCUAAAAAGUGAGUAGAGGGUUCACCUCCUCCAGAGUCCUCUUCCAAAAACUGCUUAUCCACCUCACAUGGUUUCAGAGUACUGGGCUCAAUUACUGAAGGACUUAAUUGAGAAAAUCCUAAGCUUACAGAAGACCUGGUUUACUGUAUUUUUUGCACAUUCCAUGUAACCCUAGCAAAAUGCAGUUCCUUUUAUAUUUCUGUUCUAUGCCUUUUCCAUUAGGAGAUUUACUUAGGAAAAUUAAUUCCUUUUUAUUCCUACGAAGUUUUGACAUUGCUUGAUUUUACCCAAUGGGGAAUGUGCUUUGAAUUUUUAGAAUACUUUCACAAUUAAAAAGAAAAUAGAAUGGAACCACUUUUGUUUCACGAGAAACAAUAUUAAAGAUAGGGUUGAUCUAUACAUAUACAUGUAGGGUUUUUUUGUUUUUGUUUUUAUGUUUUUGUUAAAGCAGUAGUAGCAAACCAGAUGACCUGUCCACAAAUGAUUAUGUAUCUUCAUCUUCUCAGAGGCCCCAUGCCCGCGUGUGUGUAUCAGUGGGGUACACUCUUAGGGGAUUCCAUACCAAUGGCUGUCUAAUUUUCAACCCCUCAAGAAUCGGAAUUUGAGUCCCCAGAUUGUCAGGAACUUCUGUGUCAAACUACUGGUUAGCUACUGAAAAAUUUUAGAACUCAGGUCUUGAUUUGAAAUGGAGAACAUAGUGGUUUAUGCAAAGUUCAGGUGCUGUUAGAAAGAUGGGAACAAUAGCGUGUUGCCGCCUUAUUUUUAUAUGGAAAAAUGGGGGGGGAUGAAGGAAAAAUGAAAAUGAAGGAAAAACUCAAGAUGAUAGUGAUGGAAAUUAUUUUGGGAAUAUACCACUUUAAUAGCAUAGUUAAAAUUGUCUUAAAAAUUGUCCUUUAUCUGUGAACCCUUUUCUUGUCUUCUCUUUGUUUCCCACCCUACUAAUUGGAACCAGCACAAAACCCAGUUACAGAAUGACUUUACUAAAAGUAAAUGUAUUUAUUUACUUUUUAGUCAGAAGAACUCUAAAAUUCCAAAUGUUCUUUUGUAUGGUAGAUUUAUGUUCAGGAAACAUUAGGUUGUAUCGAAACCCUUUAAUAUAGGCCAUACCAAAACUGACUAUUCUUUUUUAUAACUUCCUUUAAUUCAUUUCCCUCUAUAAUUGCUCUGUGUUUAGACAGAGGAUAAAAGGCCAUAGCCCAUCACCAAAAAUACACAGAACUCUUGACCUAUGAAGUCAUUUACUUCUGAUCUGAUUAGAUUCUCAGAUGGUGAAAGCCAGUAAUCUGUCUCCAGGUGAAUGUAAUCUCCUUCCCAGGACUUUACCCAGAGGAUGUGUUCCCCAGGUGGGCAGAGGCCCAUUGAUCUCUAGCCCAGAGAUUCCGGCCUCUGCAUGAUUCUCAGGUCCCUGUGUGUAUCUCCCAUUUAAUAGAGAUGCUUAAGAGAAUUUCUGAAAGGAAAAAAACCAAAAAACAAAAAAUUUCUGAAAGGACAUCACUUCUUCUUAGGGGAGCAGUCUAGAAGUCCCAUGGAAGAAAGAAAAAUACACAAGUCUUGGCCACCAUGGUAUUUUGAUUUUUAUCCAAGUAGAUUGGAAAUAUAUUUGAAAGUUUGAAUGCUAGUAUGUCAUAAAGCUACCAUGCUACCAUAAGGGUCACUGAAUUAUCACUCCUCAAACAUGUGAGUGAGGGCUUUAUUAUACUACUGUAGAGUGUGUGUGUGCAAUAAGUUGAUGAAUUCAUUUUCCUGGUGUAUAGAAGAGCCAGCACGAGCAGCUUGGUAAUCAUUGGGUGCUAUUUUAAUUGUUUGUAGCGAGUACUGUUUUCUAGAAGAUGGAGCCAGUUAGGUUUGGCUGAUCUACUGAAUAUCAAAGGAUGCCCUUCUUUUCAUGUAGACUUUCAGCAAAAGCAGGUACUUGGAAGCCACAGGCUCACCUUCUCUAUCUACUCAAUAAUUACUAAUGAAGAGACCUCCAUAAGGGAGCACUUGGCUGUUAUUGAUAAAUGUACCAAUUAUUAAAUAAUUAGUCUCCAAGCCAUUCGGUGAUGUCUGCAGCAUCACUGUAGAACUGUCUUGUGUCACUUUUUACUUCCCCCUGGGUGGGGCCUUUCAGACUCCCCAGUCAUGGAGGCAAGUUAAUCUUUCUCUCCAGUUAGUGACUUUUGCUCCAUAGUUGGGUAAGCACUUACUAGAUUGAGAAAAGCAGCUACAGUAAAUCCUGCUCUGUUUCCCUCAUUUGGUGAUCAUUCAGUCACACAUAAGCUCUUUGUAUUCUAAAUUUCCAUGCACUUCUCCCAGACGCUGUAGGGUUUUCUCUCACUGUUGCCAGUGGAUGCCAUCCAGACAGUGAGUUCAUAUCUAUUGGUUUUGUGCAAUCAUUGUCGUAUUGUAGUCCUAAGACUCAUUAUAGUGUAUUUUUGAUAUUUUUGAAAUGUGUUAAAUUUUUUAAUUCAAUAAUAUGAGCCAGAGCAUGUUGCAGCAAAUCUAUUGUUUGUAAAAAAUAACAAUAAUGAUAAUAAAUAAAAUAAAAUGGA